CCGGAGCCAAUCAGAAGACACGAUGUUGGCAGGGUCCUAAGAUGGCCGCCGAGCCGCUGUUUCCUGCCCGGUAAGUUCGGCUUCGCGCGGCGCGACUUGGCGGCAGGAUUCGCGGCGGCCUGUCGAGCUGUGUUCCGAGGCAGUGAGGGCGGCUCAGGAGUCGGGGCGGCUCAUCCUCGCAGAUCUCCCGCGCGGACGCUGGUGCGGGCUAGGAAAACUGUGGGUUCGGGCGACCCUGCUGGGCUCCGAGGGUGUCGUGAGGUAGCCGUCCGGUCCCCGGCGAGCGAGGAGCGCGGAAGCGGGCUCCUGUUGCACUCGUCGUGUCCUGACAGCAACUCGGGCUAACCAGAGCGAGGCUUGCGGCUCGCCGCCCCGCCGGCUUCCGGGUGCGAAUUCUGACGCGGCUCGAGAGCUGUAGGUGGUACGGCUUCCCACCAGGCGAGUGCCGCAGAGUUCCAGGUUGUCCGGGCUGGCUGUGCGGGAAGGGGUGUGCCUUUUAGAGCCACCCUCUCAGUUUUGAAUUUUAAGAAAAGAUGUGGAGUGGACUGUUACCUCCUGGACUAAAUGAAAGUGACGUUGAGUCAAAUUCAGCAGAUGAAAUCACACUAGAGAACCCAGAGCCUUCAGAACUGAAUUUACAGGAAGAUGGAAAGACUGGCAGCAGUAUGAAGCCAGCAGUGCCAGACUUCCCGGCAGGCCAGCCAGAGACGGAGACAGAGGCUGAUGCAGAUGCAUAUGAGAAGUGUCCUUCUGGGAUUCCCCUAAAUAUGUGGCAUAAAUUUCAAGAAUUGCAUAAAAAAAAUUCUGAACAGAAAAAUUCAACGCCAAGAUUCAGACAGAAAAAAAGAAAACGCUCCAAAAAAGGCAAAUUGAAGAAUGAAAAAGAAUCUCCCAGUGAGCAGUCCUCAAGUGAGACCCAGUGGAAAGAGCUAACUCAAUAUUUUGGGGCCAAUGAUAGAUUUGAACCCCCUGUUAAACAGAAAAAAGUUGAGAAGUCAGGCCUUGAGAAGAGGAUCGACCAGGCUGUGGAGGAGUGGGAUGUUGAGAAGGCUGAGGAGCUCAGCAACCAGCUAGCUACUCGAGAGCUCGGUGUAAAAAUUGCCAAAGCAAUUGCCUGCCACAAGUUUGUUAAAGCCAAAAAGGAAGCUGAAAAUUCACAGGCUGCUCGAAAGAAGAAGAAACUGGCAUGGGGGUUUGAAGCAAAGAAGAGAUGGGAAACCAAAAGCAACAUGGGAUAUAUGUGACCUUGCAGAGUUCUUCAAGACAUUUAUUUAUAGGCUGUCAUGCUUCAUUUGCUGAAAAGAUUUUCUGCUUAGGUUAAAUGUGUCAGAAAUUGAUAAAGGUAGAAAAAGAUAAGCAUAAAACUUCAGAGCUGAUCAUAAACCCUUUUCAGUCUUUUUUUCUCAGAAACUUUUGAAGGAAAAGAACAUUUUUAUAUUUGUGUAAGAAAUUUUAAGCAUAUGUAUAAGAAAAAAUGGUAGGAUUUUAUUUAUUUGUUUGUAUAAGCAUACAGUUUAAAAUCAGUUUUGUGUUUGAUCUGCUUGGUCUAGCAUAGCCUGUGAGGUCCUUGGUUUCCUUAUCUGUUCUUAGCAUGACUGCACUUUUUCUAGGAUUGUAUUUUUAAGAUUGGCUUUGUUUAUAAUGGAUUAGUCAUAAAUAGAAAUUUCAAUUGUUACUGAUUUGACAAAUAACUUUAAUUACUUUAAUGCUUUAAAAAUAAUUACUGAUUCUUUUUGGAGACAAAAUUUAAUAUUACUUAGUCACAUAGUAAAAAUAGUUGAUCGAUUUGUGUGUGUGUGUAUGUGUAUAAUGCCAGUGGAAAUAAUUUGAGUAAAAGGUGGACACACUAUA